AUUUCAAGUAAACGUAAAUUGUUAUAGAACACACGUCGACUGUUUUAGUUGAUCUAAAACCAUAUAAUUAUCAUAUUUUUGUAUAGGUAUUAAGUUAUUAUUUUCUUAUUAAUAUAUCAAUCAAUAUAUACCGUUUUUUAAAACAUAAUAGAAAACAGUGCGCAUAUCAAAAAUGAUCCACCAUAUUGAACUAACCGUAUUUUUUUCCGGUUAACUGAUACGCAGAAAAAAUUGUAAAAGAUUACGAAUAAGAUCACACGUUAUAUUGACUAUAAAAACAUCAAACAAUAUAAAAUGAAUAGAUUACUUUAAAACUUUACGUAUUAAUUUUAUAAAUAUUAUUUUCUUCGAUAUAAUUUACAGAAUAUAAUUUCAGUUAGAUAAAAAAAAUUAAAAUUUUCGCGGAAACUUUAUAAAUAUCAUAUAUACCUACAUUAUCAAUAAUAUUUUCUUAUAAGUGAUAUAAUGGAUGAAUUAAUUCGACCUGACCGGCCCAGCCGUUGCACGUGGACUCCAAAUGCUACAAAUACUCCACACACGAUUAGAACGAAAAUACCUGAUCGUAAUAGAAUAUUGCCCGAUAUAUUAACAGCUAUUGGACAGACACCACUAAUAAAAUUAAACAACAUUCCUAAAUCCCAUGGAAUUAAAUGUGACAUUUAUGCAAAAUGUGAGUUCCUUAAUCCUGGUGGAUCUGUAAAAGAUAGAAUCGCAUACAGAAUGAUUCAAGAUGCAGAAGAAAAAAAUUUGCUAAAACCAGGGUAUACCAUUAUUGAACCUACAAGUGGCAAUACAGGAAUUGGAUUAGCAAUGGUUGCUGCAGUUAAAGGUUACAAAUGUAUCAUUGUUAUGCCAGAAAAAAUGUCCAAUGAAAAAGUUUAUAUACUUCGUGCACUUGGUGCUGAAAUCGUUAGAACGCCAACAGAAGCAACUUUGGAUAGUCCAGAAGCACAUUUUAAUGUUGCUUAUAAAUUACAGAAGGAAAUACCGAAUAGCAUUGUUCUUGAUCAGUAUGUUAAUCCUGGAAAUCCAUUGGCUCACUAUGAUCAAACUGCACUUGAAAUUUGGAAGCAGUGUGAUGGAAAAAUAGAUUAUGUAAUACUUGGCGCGGGUACUGGCGGUACUGUUACUGGAAUUGGACGAAAAUUAAAAGAAUUGUCACCAAGCAUACAAAUUAUUGCUGUAGAUCCUAAGGGGAGUAUCUUAGCUCGAUCACCUGAAUUACAAGAUACUGUUGAUUUUUAUGAAGUAGAAGGAAUUGGCUACGACUUUAUACCAACAGUUUUAGAUCAUGAUGUGAUCGAUAAAUGGAUUAAAACUGAAGAUCUUGAAUCAUUCAAUGCUGCUAGAAUGCUUAUACGGGAAGAAGGUUUAUUGUGUGGUGGUAGUAGUGGUGCUGCACUUACAGCUACUCUUAAAAUAGCUAAAGAUCUUCCUGAAGGGAAACGCGUGGUUGUUAUUUUACCUGAUGGAAUACGGAACUAUAUGACUAAAUUUGUAUCUGAUCAUUGGAUGGAAGCUAGAGGAUUUUUAGAAUUUGUUUGCCAAAAUGAAGCAAACAAAUGGUGGUGGAAUGUACCAAUUUCACAUUUAUCUUUUGAUAAAACAGUUAUGUUUAGUGAUAAUAUAACAUGUGAAGAGGCCGUUCGUAUUUUUGAAGAGACGAAACUUCAACAACUGGUUAUUAGUAAUGACAAUAAACAUGUUAUAGGUGUCAUUAUUUUCAAUGUGUUCAUGUCAAACUUAGUAUCUGGUGCAACAAAACUUACAGAAUCCGUAAAAAAAUCAGUGACAAGACAUUAUGUCAAAGUUAAACUAUCGGCAAGUCUUGGACAACUAUCGCGUAUUCUUGAAAGAGAAUUAUACACUGUUAUUUUAGACGAGGAACAAGAUAAUGCAUUUAUUGCUAUUUUAAAUCAAUGCCAUAUAUUAAAUUUUAUUACAAAAGGUAAUAAUACUGUGAAUUCAAAAUAAUGAAACAGUUAUGUGUUAAGUGUUUAAGAAUUAAUAAUACGGUCUUGAUCUAUUCAAAACCAACUACAUACCAGAUGGGCAUUACUGCAGUACUUAACCAAAAUAAAACAACCAGUAAAAAUAAAACUUGUAUUGGUUUCGAACUAAGAUCUCUAAAAAAUUUUUUCUAAAUUUUCAAUAUAAACUGAAAAUAAGGUUGGUCCUUGGUGACUGUCUUAAAAAAACGUUGACCCCGAAUGAGUUAACGUUGUUUUCAUACUUCGUUUUAUACUUCGUAAGAUAUAAUCGUAAAAUUUGUAUAGUUUAUUAUAAGAUAUGAUGUAUGCAUUCUUAUUUGUUUUAUAUAAUUUUUUAAUUACUAAUGAUUUAAGUGGAAUCCAGCGUAAUUACGUUGUGCGCAUACAUAACACAUUACAAGCUAUACACAAAUUUUAAAAGAAGCAUGUAAUACAUGUAAUCAAUUUCGCGUUUAUUAAGUGACACUUGAUAUUACAUUAAAUCACAUGUGGAAUAUGUAUUUACGUAUAUGUACAUGAAGUAAAAUAACCGUGAUCACACUGCACGUUAUGUUUUAAACGAAUUUAUGUAAGAUUAUAGUAAUCAAAUAAAUCAAACAGAUAAAUUUUAUACUUG